CGGCGCGCAGAGGGCGGACACGCGCACGAGAGACACGUACUGCUUUCUGUGGACGAGCUUCUGCUCACCAGGAUGGUCUAGGCGUUUCUGAGGGACAGAGAGGUGAAUGUGAGAGCAUCAGACCGACCGAGGACAGAGCUCAGAGCUUCGCUUCCCGUCUCCUCUCGGCUCCUCUUUGACAGAUACGUUCCCAUGCGAUUCUUCAGACUCACAUUUAAGUGUUUCGUGGAUUGUUUUUGAAGGUGGUGUCCAGAUCGGUUUAUCCAUUUUUUUGGUGGGCGUCUCCUUCUUUUCCUCGUUUUAUUUUCUUUUUUCCUUUCAAAACCUGCCAUCCAUUCAUUCUUCACCAGCCGUCCUUUUGUCGCCUGGAAUCCAAUCUAUUUCAGCAUCUGACAUUUGAGAGUAAAAAGACAGAGAAAAGUAACCCUAUAAUAAUAAUAAGUACAAGGACUCGAUCCUGCUCACGUCGGUCGGGGACGCGACUCCAGGCAGCAGGACAAAGGGACUCUUUGGCGUGGGACUCUUGUCUGUCGUCGGGGACCGACUGCUGCUGACACUCCUGGUUCUGAGAGACCUUCUCACCGGUCUCCUGCUCAGCAGGCUCUUCUCAGAUCUUUGAAGACGGUGAGAGCUGUUCAGCGGCCACCCGACACCUGGCAUGAUGGCGAAAAUGGACCUGGACACCGAGAGCGGCGCGCUCAGCAUAGUGAAAGACGAGGGCAAGAAGUGUCACCUGAUCCCCAAUGGAAGUGGCCAUCAAGGUGUCAACGGGAGCCUGCUGGUGGGCACCUGCGCACCCGCGACAGGAGCCGCACCUGGAGGCAGUAGCCAGGUGGACAAUUUGGGCUACCCCAAACGAGAGACAUGGGCCAGGCAGAUGGACUUCAUCAUGUCCUGCGUGGGAUUUGCCGUGGGACUCGGCAACGUGUGGCGUUUCCCGUACUUGUGCUACAAGAAUGGUGGAGGUGUGUUCCUCAUUCCUUACCUGUUAAUAGUAUUUAUGGGAGGUAUUCCUAUCUUUUUCCUGGAGAUUGCACUGGGACAGUUCAUGAAAGCUGGAAGCAUCAAUGUGUGGAAUAUAGCCCCACUCUUCAAAGGACUUGGAUGUGCCUCAAUGGUAAUAGUCUUUUUCUGCAACACCUACUACAUCAUGGUGCUGGCCUGGGGCUUCUACUACUUUGUCAGGUCAUUCAAUGCCAUAUUGCCCUGGUCCACCUGUAACAACACCUGGAACACACCCAACUGCAUUGAGAUCUUCCGACAAGAUGACUGUCAAAACGGCACCAUUGGCAACUCCAGCUUUGGCAACCUGACUUGUGAAGAGUUGGCCGAGGGCAGCUCACCUAUCAUUGAGUUUUGGGAGAAUAAGGUUCUGAAUAUCUCUGAUGGACUGGACCAACCUGGGAUAAUUAACUGGGAAGUGAUGCUGUGCCUCAUGGCUACUUGGGUGAUGGUUUACUUCUGUGUAUGGAAAGGUGUCAAGUCAACAGGAAAGAUCGUGUAUUUCACUGCCACCUUCCCGUACAUCGUUCUUAUUAUCCUCCUGGUGAGAGGCGUUACUCUGCCUGGCGCAUAUGAUGGGAUCAUGUACUAUCUGAAGCCUGACUGGACCAAGCUUGGUGAGGCCCAGGUAUGGAUAGAUGCCGGCACACAGAUUUUCUUCUCUUACGCUAUUGGACUGGGUGCUCUUACAGCCCUUGGCAGCUACAACAGAUUCAACAAUGACUGCUACAAGGAUGCAUUUGUACUUGCGCUGAUCAACAGUGGGACUAGCUUCUUCGCCGGAUUUGUGGUCUUUUCUAUUUUGGGAUUUAUGGCAUCAGAGCAAGGAGUGGACAUCUCCAAAGUUGCAGAAUCAGGCCCUGGCUUGGCGUUCAUUGCCUACCCCAAGGCAGUGACUCUGAUGCCUGUGGCUCCACUGUGGGCAGCCCUCUUCUUCUUCAUGCUGCUACUACUGGGGCUUGACAGUCAGUUUGUUGGGGUUGAAGGUUUUGUCACUGGGAUUCUGGAUCUGUUUCCUGGGAAGUAUUACAUGCGCUAUCGUCGAGAGCUUGCCGUGGCAGUCUGCUGUCUGUUGUGUUUCAUAAUUGAUCUCUCUAUGGUUACACAGGGGGGGAUGUAUGUCUUCCAACUAUUUGACUAUUAUUCUGCCAGUGGAAUGACCCUGUUGUGGCAGGCAUUCUGGGAAUGCAUUGUUGUCGCUUGGGUGUAUGGUGCUGACAGAUUUAUGGACGACAUCGCCCGUAUGAUUGGUUACCGGCCUUUCCCUUGGAUGAAAUGGUGCUGGUCCUUUAUCACUCCAUGUGUUUGCAUGGGUAUCUUCCUUUUUCACCUAAUCAACUACAAGCCUCUAACCUACAACAAUGUCUACGUGUACCCGUGGUGGGGAGAGGUGAUUGGUUGGUGUCUGGCUCUUUCCUCUAUGCUCUGCAUACCUGUCAGCGUGGUCUACAAGCUCUUCCGUGCCAAUGGCUCUAUCAGAGAGCGUUGGGAACACCUGAUCAAGCCCGUGUGGGGAGCCCAUCAUCUUGAAUACAUGGCCCCUGAUGUCAAUAUCAACAGCCUGGCCUCCUUCACUUCAGGUGCUGAGGAUAACAAUGUCAUCAUCUAUGAGAGCGUGAUGUAGACCUGAUAUCAACAGUGUGUAUAAUGUAUGAGCUCCACCCUCCAUCCAAAGACAAGUUGACUGAAACAAGUACAUGUCUUGAUCUAGUUUCUAGGUAAAUGACAGUCUCUUCCAGAAUCAAUGUUCCACCAAUUUGGCUCAAACAUUACAUACCUAAUUUACCCAGAAUUUACAUGAAUAUGUUAAAUAUUUUUGUACUAAUGGGCUCUGUCCUGUAAUUUUAAAAAAAAUUUGUGUUCUCUUGGUUGAUUCCAGCCUUUAGCUGAAAAUCAUCCCAUAUGUUAUAAAUAAUACCUCAAAUAUGUGUAUAGAUAAAUCUGUCAUAAUAUUGUGCACUGUCUAAUGAACAAAGGUCCCUUUGGAGUAUUUCUAGACUGUCUUUGGACGGUGAGGUCAGCAACCACACAUCUUGGCCCAAGGUCACUCCUCUCUCUCAGACCAGCGCCAAGCAAAGAGUGGCAGGUCUCCUCAUGGACAGUAGCAGAAUUCUCUCAGGCAAUUGCACCUAGGCCAACGCCCAUUCCAAAUGUCCAACACUGAAUGCAGCGGUCUCCCUCUUCAAACAUUCGCACAUCAUUAUACAGCUCACAAGGCUACUGUAAACAGAUUUUGCGUGAGAGGAUAAAUAUAAUUCCCUCUUUCGAGGAUGCCAGUCCAGCAGUGAUUUGCACAUGAUGUUCAGAAAAUCCUAUAUUUCAGAAAUCCUACUCUGCUCCUAUCAGCCCCAGCAUUUGCUAAUUGUUCUUACUCAUUACACUGAAACAUUAUAAUUGAACAUAAACGCAUUUCAACAUUUAACCUAUUUCAGCAUAGCCAAGUGAUAAUUAUGUAGUCUUUGUUAAUAUUUCAUUUUUAUUCACAGCAUGUAACAUUUAAUA